AUGUCAAAACAUUGCACUAAACAUCCUGAACAAGCAGACGAUACGCGUCGACAUUUCUUUUUCACUCUCUCAUUUCAUUCAUUCAUUCAUUCAUACCUUCUUUCUUUCUUUCUUUCUUUCUUUCUUUCUUUCUUUCUUUCUUGUUCUUUCGUUUUUUUUGUUCAUUCUUUCUUUAUUUCUUAUUCACUUUCUACUACUCUUUCUUUCUUCUUUUUUGCACAUUCUUUUUCUUUCUUUCAUUUAUUUCUCUUUCUCUUUUCUAUUUUUCUCUUAUUCUCCUUUUUUCUCUCUUUCUUUCUUUCUUUCUUUCUUCCUUUCUUUCUUGUUCUUUCUUUAUAUCUUUUUUACUUAUUCUUUCUCUCUUUUUUUAUUCUCUUUCUUUCGAUCUUCCUCUCUUUCUUCUUUCUUUCUUUCGUAUUCUCUUUCUUUCCUUCUUUCCUUCUGUCUUUCUUUCUUUCUUCCCUUCGUUUCCACUCUCUUUCUGACUUAAUUUCGCAGAUUCUGAAAUCCACUCAAAAGGAGACAAAAACUACUUUUGAUUCUCUCUCUCACUCCCUCUCUCUCUCUCUCUCUCUCUCUCUCUCUCUCUCGCUUGUCUGUCUGUCUUCUAUGUCUGUCUGA